GGUCUGCAGCCCGGAGCCUGCGCGGCCACGUGACGGCCGCUUUAAGAGCCGGCGGCGCAGGGUCCCGCCCCUCCCGCCGGCCACGGUCUCCUCCCGGCGCCCGGCUUCGUGGACCCUGCAGCCCGCGGCGGCCGCGCGUCCGGACCGCACGAUGACAGAUCAGGCCUUUGUGACACUGACCACUAACGAUGCCUAUGCCAAAGGUGCCCUGGUCCUGGGCUCAUCUUUGCAACAACACAGGACUACCCGGCAGCUGGUUGUGCUCACCACUCCACAGGUCUCAGAUUCCAUGAGAAAAGCUUUAGAGACAGUCUUUGAUAAAGUCGUGAUGGUAGAUGUCUUGGACAGUGGCGAUUCUGCUCAUCUAACCUUAAUGAAGAGGCCCGAGUUGGGUGUCACACUGACGAAACUCCAUUGCUGGUCACUUACAGAGUAUUCUAAAUGUGUGUUCAUGGAUGCAGAUACUUUGGUCCUCACAAAUAUUGAUGAUCUUUUUGAAAGAGAAGAGUUAUCGGCAGCACCGGACCCUGGGUGGCCUGACUGCUUCAAUUCUGGAGUUUUUGUCUAUCAGCCCUCAAUUGAAACAUAUAACCAGUUGUUGCAACUUGCUUCUGAACAAGGUAGUUUUGAUGGUGGGGACCAGGGCUUACUGAAUACAUUUUUUAGCAACUGGGCAACAACAGAUAUCAGGAAACACCUGCCUUUUAUUUAUAACCUAAGCAGCAUUGCUGUAUACUCCUACCUCCCAGCAUUUAAAGUGUUUGGUGGAAGUGCCAAAGUUGUUCACUUCCUGGGACGGAUCAAACCAUGGAGUUAUACUUACGAUCCCCAGACAAAAAGUGCCAGAAGUGAAUCCCAGGGUCCCACCAUGACUCAGCCGGAGUUCCUGGACCUGUGGUGGGACAUCUUUGCCACCAGUGUCUUACCACUGCUUCAACAAUUUGGUCUCAUCAAAGACACCUGCUCACAUCUAACGGUGGGUUCUCUUUCAGACUUGGCCUAUACACUGGCUUUCUCUUGUGGCUUCUGUAGAAAGGAACAUGUCUCAGGAGCCAUGUCACACCUGUCCCUUGGGGAGGUCCCAGCUACACCACAACCUUUUGUGUCCUCAGAAGAACGGAAGGAACGGUGGGAACAGGGCCAGGCUGAUUACAUGGGAGCAGAUUCUUUUGAUAAUAUCAAGAGGAAACUUGACACUUACCUCCAGUAGAAGCACUGCCAUUUUCCUGUGGACAUACCCACUUCUUAGGCACUUGUUUCUGAUAGUAUGUAGAGCUGGUUGAAAAGUCCUUCAGUUGUUAAAGAGGCUUUCACUAAAACUCAUCACAAGAGGGUCUAUGGCAGGACAGUAGGUGAGAAAUGAGCAAAAGUUGUGAGGUACUAAUUCUGUUACAUGGACAGUGGUUUGUUUGUUUGUUUUUAACCCUAGGCUUAAUUACCCAAUGUUUCAGAAACUUAAUUCUGCCAAUUACCAACAUACAUGGGAAAGGAGGCCCAAUGUUAAGCUAUUGAGAUGGCUGUAUCAACUUAGUGUUAUAGAACUGGUCUCCAAAUCUAUUUCCCUUCAAAAAAAGACAUGACGUUGUCCCUUCCUUGCUUGUUACCCUUCACCAGACCUGCAGUUUACAGUUGUCCAAGCGCUGUCAGAGGGCUAAUUCUGUCUUCAGAGAACAGCAGCCUUUCAUACACUGUGGAACGAUUCGUAAACAUACCUACUAGUCUUAGUUUACCAGUCUUCUAUGCACCAUGACGACAGCAUGCUGAAUUGCUUUUUUUCAGUUCUGUCUACUUGAAAACUGCAGUGUGUCAUCUGACGGUUACCUGCAGUAACACACUGUGUAAAAAAUAAAAGACUUAUUGACAGAU